GGUUCAACCUGUGGUGUGAGUGUGUGUGUGUUUUACCCCGCUCGAAUGGCGAUGACUUUUGUGCUUUCCUAGUGUUGUUUGUGCUCAAAAUUUGGAUUACGUCUUCCGCCAUGUUACCCGCCGGCAAAGAAGAGGUGGUCAUGAGGGAGAAGAAAGGCGGAGCUUUAAGCAAAGUUCAAAAACUCAAGAGACGCAUAUCAAACAGCUUCGGGAAAUUAGGACUCCGCCGUAAGAGAGCGAUAUCCAAGAAUGAAGUCUUCGAGCCGGAGUACAGAAUGCCGGCUAUUUCUAAAAGCGAGGAUUUUGAAGAAAACGGCUUCAGAGUUUCCGCCAUCUCCAAGAACGACGACGAGAGCUUGUCCGUAUCUGGCAUGAAGAUCAACGGGUUCUCGGACGAGUAUCUUGACCGGAUAGAACCCAACGGCAACAUCCCCGACAAGGACUGCGGGUGGGAGAGGCUGGUGGAUCACAGGGAGCCGCUCUCUCGCCAGCUCUCCGUCUCCUCCGACUCCAAGCUCCUGGACGAGGAUAUCCGCAGCGAGCAGAAGGUGAUCAUGAGACCCAAGAGGCCGCCCAGACCCAAGUCUGAAGUCUACCUCUGUAAAGACACCCGCAAGUCUAAAAGAUUCUCCGCGUUUGGGGUGAGUGUUGAAUGUCCCGUGUUUGGUGGCUGUGUUGGGUGGAGAAGUCCCGUGUUUGGUGGCUGUGUUGGGUGGAGAAGUCCCGUGUUUGGUGUCUGUGUUGGGUGGAGAAGUCCCGUGUUUGGUGUCUGUGUUGGGUGGAGAAGUCCCGUGUUUGGUGGCUGUGUUGGGUGGAGAAGUCCCGUGUUUGGUGGCUGUGUUGGUAUUGGACCUAUUCGUACGAGUGAAGGGUCAUAUACUGAGAAUGACAAAGAAAUUAGUGAAAUCCAUAAAAAGUUGUCUGUGGACAUGUUUAGCACUCGGGUAAACAGCAUUAAAGUGGAAGAUCCGAACAGCUAA